UUUGUAGCCGAUCCCCUGGAAAUACCCGUGUUUUCCUUCGUUAAAACAAUGGCUGUUUGGUUAAUCCAUUGCUAUCAAACACCACCAUAAACUGAUGGGUUGCUGUUGACCUUAACCGUGUGGAAGUUUCGCCAUUUGGAGGCAACUUAGACAAACGUGCCCCCAAUCCAUGCAUUCCCACAAUUAGCCUCUUCUCCCAUCCAUAGGAGUGAAUCUCGACGGAGAACCUCAAUAUAAUAAACUUGACAAAGAGAAAGAAAGACGAAGAUGAUCGCGGGAGAAAGGAAUUUCCAGAUGAUGAAGGUUGUUAAAGGAGACUUUGGCUACGUGCUUGAAGAUGUUCCUCACCUCACCGAUUACAUACCCGAUCUUCCUACUUAUCCAAACCCAUUGCGGUCCAAUCCUGCAUAUUCAGUUGUGAAGCAAUACUUUGUAGACAUGGAGGAUACAGUUCCCCAAAAGGUUGUUGUUCACAGUGAUAGUCCAAGAGGGGUACAUUUUAGGCGUGCUGGUCCUCGUCAGAAGGUAUAUUUUAGUAGAGAUGAUGUGCAUGCAUGCAUUGUAACGUGUGGUGGUUUAUGCCCUGGGCUAAAUACAGUGAUAAGGGAAAUUGUUCACAGCCUUGAUUACAUGUAUGGUGUCAGCAAAGUCCUUGGAAUAGAUGGAGGAUAUAGGGGGUUCUAUGCGAAAAAUACUAUUACUUUAACUCCAAAGCUUGUGAAUGACAUACAUAAACGUGGUGGUACAAUUCUUGGGACAUCUCGAGGAGGUCAUGAUACUACUAAAAUUGUUGACAGUAUACAGGACCGUGGGAUUAAUCAGGUCUACAUAAUUGGAGGUGAUGGGACCCAAAAGGGAGCAGCUGCUAUAUAUGAGGAAGUAACGCGGCGUGGUCUCAAAGUUUCUGUUGCUGGGAUCCCCAAGACAAUUGAUAAUGAUAUUCCGGUAAUUGACAAGUCGUUUGGUUUUGACACUGCUGUAGAGGAGGCUCAACGUGCCAUCAAUGCAGCUCACGUGGAAGCUGAAAGUGCAGAGAAUGGCAUUGGUUUGGUGAAGCUAAUGGGUCGCUAUAGUGGGUUCAUUGCAAUGUAUGCAACUUUGGCAAGCAGAGAUGUUGAUUGCUGUUUGAUUCCAGAGUCACCCUUCUAUCUUGAAGGACAGGGUGGCCUUCUUGAGUACAUUGAAAAAAGGCUCAAAGAAAAUGGGCAUAUGGUUAUUGUGAUAGCUGAAGGGGCUGGACAGGAACUUCUCACUGCUGAGACUUCAACCACUAAGUCUGAAAAAGAUGCUUCUGGAAAUAAGCUUCUCCAAGAUGUUGGCAUGUGGCUUUCUCAGAAAAUCAAGAAUUACUCUAAAGAGCGAAAAUUUCCAAUUACUCUUAAAUACAUAGAUCCAACAUAUAUGAUCCGAGCCAUCCCAAGUAAUGCAUCAGACAACGUGUACAGCACAUUACUUGCUCAAAGUACUGUUCAUGGAGCCAUGGCUGGGUUUACAGGCUUCACUUGUGGCCUCGUCAAUGGUCGCCACACUUACAUCCCAUUCAAUCGCAUUAUAGAGAGGCAAAACAAUGUCGUGAUUACAGACCGGAUGUGGGCGCGUCUCCUUUCUUCAACGAACCAGCCAAGCUUCUCGUGUCCUAAAGAAGCCGAAAACUUUAAAGAAGCUGAAAAAGUGUGAAGCGAGGUAUUGAAUGUAGUGGAUAAUGGCAAGGUGACGCCACUGUGAGUCUGUGAGGUAGUUGACCGACUUUGUAAGUUGUAAAAUUGAUCUUCACUUUGAGAGUAUGUGUGUUUAUACUGUAUAUAUGAAAAUAGUACACAGUACUACUUAAAUUAGAAUAAUGGGCAGCCUCCCGUAGGAAUUCUUGGGUGAGGCUCUGCUAAAUUCCUCCUCGGUAUUAGAGGAAAUUAUGCUGUGUAUUUAUUCUCUCCUUUUUUUCUUAUGUUUGUAAUUAAAAUCAAGGGCUGUUUAUUUUUUUC